UUCGCGCUAGUUCAGUUCCGACGCUGGACCGGGAGCCGCGCAAAAUAAGGAUAAGGGCAAAGCUCUCCUCGCACACAGAGGCCGGCCGCCACGUUCUUCCUCCUAUACAUCAGCGUUUUCUUCUCCGCAUUCGUCUUCAUCUGUGUGGCAGCGGCCAUGUCCGCAGUUCUAUGCACUCCCUCGUGCUCUUCUCCUGCCUUUACGCUGUAUUCCUCCUUAUCGCGAGCAGCGGCCCCCUUCUUCUCCUUGUAUGACAAUCCGCCCCACUCGAGACGACAGGUUCUCUACCGGCGCCCUGUUGGUCGGGGGAUAGGAGGGGUAGAGAUUCUAUCUCAAAAGAGGUUUCCGGAUGCGGGGAAGGAUAGGAGAGCUUACCUUCCACCUGAUGGAGGUCGAGGGGAGGCAGGAAGAUCGAGCUCAGCUGCUUUCAAGUCGUUCGAAAUUCAAAAGAAGGACAGGGGGUUGGUUUUCGACCUCAAAGAGCAACAGGCCAAUGACAUAGGAGAUCUUCAAGAUUCCACUUUUCUUAACGCUGUUGUAAAGGUUUAUUGUACUCAUACUGCGCCUGAUUAUUCACUUCCUUGGCAAAAGCAAAGGCAAUAUACCAGCACAGGAAGUGCUUUUAUGAUAGGAAAUGGGAAGCUUUUGACAAAUGCCCAUUGUGUUGAACAUGAUACCCAGGUUAAAGUGAAGAGAAGGGGUGAUGAUACCAAAUUUGUUGCCAAGGUUUUGGCUAGAGGUGUUGAGUGUGAUAUUGCAUUGCUCUCAGUGGAGAAUGAGGAGUUUUGGAAAGGGGUAGUGCCACUUUGUUUUGGUCGUUUACCUUGUCUGCAGGAUGCAGUGACUGUUGUAGGAUACCCACUUGGCGGAGAUACUAUAUCUGUAACAAAGGGGGUGGUAUCACGUAUCGAGGUUACAUCAUAUGCCCAUGGAGCAUCUGAUUUGCUUGGCAUUCAAAUUGAUGCGGCUAUAAAUCCCGGAAACAGCGGGGGUCCUGCCUUUAAUGAUCAGGGAGAAUGCAUAGGAGUUGCCUUUCAGGUCUACAGAUCUGAAGAUGCAGAAAAUAUUGGCUAUGUAAUUCCUACCACUGUUGUUUCACAUUUCUUAAAUGAUUACGAAAGAAAUGGAAUAUAUACUGGUUUUCCUUCUCUUGGUGUACUCCUUCAGAAAUUGGAAAAUCCGGCAUUGCGCGCUUGUUUAAAAGUGCCAUCCAAUGAGGGUGUUAUGGUUCGUAGAGUUGAACCCACCUCACCAGCGCAUGGUGUUCUAAAAGAGGGAGAUGUGAUUGUAAGCUUUGAUGGGGUACAAGUUGGGUGUGAAGGAACUGUCCCUUUUCGAUCUACAGAGCGAAUUGCUUUCCGAUAUCUUAUAAGUCAAAAAUUUUCAGGUGAUGCUGCAGAACUGGGAAUCAUCAGGGAAGGCGCAUAUAUAAAAGUUCAGACAGUUCUUCAACCACGUGUGCAUUUAGUGCCAUAUAAUGUUGAAGGAGGGCAGCCUUCUUAUCUGAUUAUUGCUGGUCUGGUAUUCACUCCACUCUCCGAACCUCUGAUAGAGGAGGAGUGUGAAGAUUCCAUAGGGCUGAAACUGUUGGCUAAGGCUCGCUAUUCUCUUGCAAGAUUUAAAGGAGAGCAAAUAGUAAUUCUAUCUCAGGUUUUAGCAAAUGAUGUGAACAUCGGUUAUGAGGAUAUGGGCAAUCAACAAGUUCUAAAGCUAAAUGGAACUCGCAUAAAGAAUAUUAGACAUCUUGCUCAUCUUGUUGACAUUCUUUUGGCUAUUUCAUAUAUGUUUUCAGCUUGCAAAGGAAAGUAUUUGGUGUUCGAAUUUGAGGAAAAUUUUCUCGCUGUUUUGGACCGGGAAGCUGCCACUGCUGCCUCUUUAUCUAUUCUGAAGGGCUAUGGAAUUCCAAGCGAAAGAUCUGCUGAUUUGUUAGAGCCAUAUAUUGACAUUGAAGAUAACCAAGUGUCAAUUGAAGAAAUUGGAGAUAGUCCUGUGUCUAACCUGGAGUUAGGAUUUGAAGGACUUCUUUGGGCAUAAAAAUUCACCACGAUCCAUUCGGUCUUUUCUCAGUUAAAAGACGAUAGAUGCUAGCACAAAAGCUGGAUGCUCAAUUGAUGCUCGCAAAAGUCUUGAAUGCAGAAGCAUCAGUCGAUGGAUAUCCUGAUUUUUAUAGCUUUUUAAGAUGCUAAUAAGAUUUUGUGAGCAUCCUUACCAAGAGGAAUUUUGCCCAAAUCAGUAAGUUUAUUAUUCUAAAUUAUUUGUAAGAAUUGUUUUUUUUUUAAACUAAUUUUCAAUAUGUUUAUUGUACUUUCUUUGUAGCAUCUAUGUACUGAAAAAUUAAUCUCUUUAUGCCUAGCAGAUGUUUAAUGUGCAUACUGAUUUCUCAA